GAUUGUGUGUUCACUAGACUGUCACCGGCCAGAAGCAAAGAGGGACAGACAGUAAAGCCAUCUCAACCACGCCUUUCAGAGUAGGCUAAAUAAUCCACACAAGGGCAGUCUGCGUGUGGAGGAUUCUCCCACCCCAACUGGCCUGGGUUGAGUUUUUUCUUUUCUUUUCUUUUUUUAUUUUUUAAGAGGAGAAGUGGGAGGAGAGACUCUGUGGAAUCGAGCAGCGGUGAGACUCCGCUGACCGCCUCUCAGUGCGUAAAAUAAAAGUUUAACACACCGAGGAGAUUAUUUCAGAGGUCUGGGAGCUCGGCAAACUCCACAUUAUACUCUCCGGGAAUUGUAAAGCUCCUAUUGGACGCUCACUGGACGAGGAUAUAUAACUUUUCAACUGGUUUUGUGGAGAAGCACGGAGGCGGGUUGGCCUAACGGAGAGCGGAGGAAUCCUCUUUGCUGAUCCGGGAGGAGUGCGCGCAGCGCCGGGUAGUAGACUGACCCAAAGGACGGCACCUCGGAGACAAGGUUAUGACGGAACUGAGCUGAACAUGGAGCUUUUCUGGAUUUUGUCACUGUCUAGUUUUUCUCCGCUUGCUUGGGGCCAAGGAGUUUACGCUCCAGCCAACGCCCAGAUCGUGCACUCAGGCGCCGCAUGUAACGUCAAGGAUGAUAACAUCAGCGAGAGAAUCUACACCAUCAAAGAAGGAGACACGCUAGUGCUUCAGUGUAUUGUUAAAGGACACCCGCGGCCACAGGUACGGUGGACGAAGACGGCGGGCAGCGCUUCCGACAAGUUCCAGGAAACAUCCAUCUACAACGAGACGCUGCGCAUCGAGGGCAUCCAGAGGGUGCAGGGGGGUCGCUACUACUGCAAGGCCGACAACGGGGUGGGGGUGGCUGCCAUCAAGUCCAUCCGCGUAGAUGUGCAGUACCUUGACACACCGGUCCUGACGGUUCACCAGACCAUCAGCGAUGUGCGCGGCAGCUACUACCAGGAGAAGACGGUGUUCCUGCGCUGCACCGUCAACUCCAACCCUCCCGCGCGAUUCAUCUGGAAACGGGGGAAUAUGCUCAUCGAACAGAGCAAGGACAACGGAGUGGACAUCUACGAGCCGCUUUACACUCAGGGCGAGACCAAGGUGCUGAAGCUGAAAAACUUAAGACCCAAGGACUUUGCUGAUUAUACCUGCCAGGUGUCCGUCCGCAAUGUGUGCAACAUCGAAGAUAAGUCAGUCACCUUCAGGCUCACAAAUGCCACAAAGCCAUUUGGAGAUAAGAGGACUGUUCAGGACUUCUCGUCUUAA